AUGGGGGUGCAACAUCUCCCCCCCCGCGAGGGGCCGUUGGACUCGGCUUCCGGGGCGGGCCGACCGCCGCCUCCUUUCGGGUAUCCCUGGGACGGGAAAGGCCGGGAAGAGACAGCACGGGACGGGGGGAUCGGGCUCGACAUCGAAAGAGCCCAACCAAACCCUUCCCAUCCUGCACCUGAGAAGAAGAAAACAACGCCCAUGGAGCCUGCAGGCAGUGAGGGGAAUCCUUGCACUGCUGUUUGUGGCCGACCCUACAGGGACAGGGUGAUUCAUUUACUUGCUCUGAGGACGUACAAGAAGCCAGAGUUACUCGCCCGCUUGCAGAGAGAUGGAGUCAGGCAAAAGGACAAGGGUACCCUUGGCAAGAUCCUCCAGCAGGUAGCCAACCUGAAUCUAAAGGAUAAUUCCUUCAGUCUGAAGGAACAUCUCUUUCAAACCCUUCAGGCUGAUUGGCCUGGCUACAAUGAAAUGGAGAGGGAGAAUUUGAAGUUAAUACUUGCCAGUCCAGUGAAGAGCAAGAAGAGCCGAACUGGUCACCAGCAAUUCACCAGUCACAUCCAGCCAGCAGCUGGAGGCCUCUCUUCUUCCUGGGUGCUGCCUUCCACAUCCCUUUUUACUGGGAACAUGUCUCCAAGUGUUGGCUCCAUUUCCCCCUGCAUCCAUGAGGUGCACAAGAAAGACAACUUCCAGAGGUCCAGCAUCCCAGAGCCUGCCAGGGUGCAGGAGGAGAUCCCCAAUUCAAUCGGGAAGAAAAAUGAAUUGGGAAGGCUGAAGCAGGCACAUCCUUUGGAUUUCGAUGAAGGAACAAGAAAAGACACUUCCAUUGUCUCCACAUGCUCUGCAACAACCAACCAAGCAGACUACCUGAGAAAAUACACAGCCAUAGUCUCCUUGGAGCAACGCCAGCACUACAAGGAUGACUUCAAUGCAGAGUAUGAGGAAUACAGGAAUUUACAUGCUCAGAUUGACAAGAUCAACAAGGAUUUCAUGCAGUUUUAUGAACAAUGGAAGUGUCUGAAUCCAGGCUCUGAAAACUAUCAGAUGCUGCUUCAUCGAAUCCUGGCAGAUUAUCAGCAGUUACAGCAGGGUAGCCCCAGCUACUCUGAAAUGAAGAGCAGGUGCCAGUACCUCCACAAAAAGCUGUCCCAUAUUCAGAGGCGAAUAUCUGAAUUUGACAAGCAGUAAGUGGAGUCCUGGCACCAGACAUCUGCUUCAGCCUUUCAAAUCA